UUGGGAGGGGCUGGGUCGAGACGACUGACUUCCGCCUAGGCCGUUGUCUUGGUGGCGCGGUCGAGUCAUCGCAGCGCCUCGUUGUCCGGAUCUCCCUUUCGCUCCCCAGCUUGGGUGCGGAGCGUAGGCCAGCCAAGUGCCGGGGGAGGCGACUCGGCCCUUCCCCUUAAUUUCGUUCUUGUCGGCUCACCGGUUACCCGCGCUGGGGCCUGGGGUCUCUGGGGCCCGCGAGGCCCGGUCUGGGAGGCUGGGGCCUACGUGGGCCCGCCGCUGGACUCCAUGAGGCACAUCCUUACCAAACUGCUGGCGGCCUCCGGCACCGACUCCCCAACCCGUAGCGACAGCCCUGCGCAGGCCGCCCCGUGCUCUCUGUCCCCGGACUUGACCCGGGUGACACCAGCGGCCGAGGACGAAGAGACGGCGGCCUUCGGAUCUCCCGGCAGUAAGCAGCCGCGCGGAGACGAGGGCGAGGUGGAGGAAGGGAGGGGGGGUCGCGGCGGCGUAGCGGUGCGCGCGCCCUCGCCGGAGGAGAUGGAGGAGGAGGCGGUUGCCAACGUCCCCGGGGAGGAGACGGAGGACAUGGACUUUCUGUCCGGGCUGGAACUGGCGGAUCUGCUGGACCCCCGGCAGCCGGACUGGCACCUGGAACCCGGGCUCAGCUCGCCGGGCCCCCUCUCCUCUUCCGGCGGAGGCUCGGAUAGCGGUGGCCUCUGGAGAGGAGAUGACGACGACGAGUCUGCGGCUGCCGAGAUGCAGCGGUUUUCUGACCUGCUGCAGAGGCUGUUAAAUGGUAUCGGAGGCUGCAGCAGCGGUAGUGACAGUGGCGGCGGCGAAAAGAGGCGGAGAAAGUCCCCUGGAGGAGGUGUUGGCGGCGGCAGCGGCAAUGACAACACCCAGGCGGCGACAAAGAGUCCUCGGAAGGCGGCGGCGGCUGCAGCCCGUCUAAAUCGGCUGAAGAAAAAGGAGUACGUGAUGGGGCUGGAGAGUCGAGUCCGGGCCUUGGCAGCCGAGAACCAGGAGCUGCGGGUCGAGAAUCGGGAGCUGGGCAAGCGCGUGCAAGCAUUGCAGGAGGAGAGUCGCUACCUACGGGCUGUCUUAGCCAACGAGACCGGACUGGCUCGCUUGCUGAGCCGGCUGAGCGGCGUGGGACUGCGGCUGACCACCUCACUCUUCAGAGACUCGCCCGCCGGUGACCAUGACUACGCGUUGCCGGUGGGAAAGCAACAGCAGGACCUGCUGGAAGAGGACGACUCAGCGGGAGGAGUGUGUCUUCAUGUGGACAAGGAUAAGGUGUCGGUGGAGUUCUGCUCGGCGUGCGCCCGGAAGGCGUCGUCUUCUCUUAAAAUUUUCUUUUUUAGGUGAUUUCCUUCCUGCCAGGCUCCGUUGUAGGGGUUACAGAACAGUCGUUCCCGCCUCACAACCUGGUAAGGAUCCAUCUCUUCACGUAACGCUCAUGCUCUGCUGCUUAGUCUACUUUAAUGGGCAACAUCUCAAUUUUGUGUGUGUGUGAUUAUUAUUUUUUCUUUUUUGGAAGGUGGGAGGGGAAUCUAAUUUGGGCCCUGUCCACCCUGGAAACAGACUUGUGCUGGUCAGUAAUGUAUUUAAGAUGCUUCUUAUGGUUGAAAUAGCUGUUAAUGUGUCCCCUUGUUCAGACUUGCGUGUACCUAGCUCUUCUGUCCCCAGUGUGGACAUGGCCUUGGAUGACAUCGAUUCCAACUGUACACUGAAAGCUGCUAAUUGAGAUACAGUUUGGAGACAGUCAAACAGGUGAAGUUGAAUGGAAGUUCCGAGUUGUACAAGGUGCAAAUUGGAAUUCCAAUUUUUAGAACAACUUUUCAGAGGUUGACAAUAAAUGUUUGGGGCAUGCACAAAUGUGAUAGUUAUUUUGCUGGAAGUGACAGCUAAAUAACUCUUAAAUACUCAAGAAUGCCUUUUAGUUUUAAGUAGAAGAUACAGAAAUACAAUAUUCAGAUUAAUAGAUUUUAAUAUCUCACCAUUACAGAAAUUGGAAAUUAACAUGCAUAUCAGACUCCUGUGUUAGUUACUUGAAGGAGGAAUAAGAAUGGUUAAUGGAAUGUUUCUUUGAGAACCAGCACAGUGAUACUACCCUGUCACUGAGUAUGAAUACAUUGUUGAACACCUUUAUUUUUGUUGUAUUAAAAUUUUAGGUUAAAUUUAUGUAUGAUUAGAUUUUGAAGGUUGUGAAAUAUGAAUGAAAACAUGUAAAGUGAGGCUUCACAAAGAAUCUUAUUUUCUUAUUUUCUGUAUUUAAAAGGUAUUUGUCCUAUUUAAAAAUAAUUUUAGAAAUUGAGUGGUUCUGUCUACUUAAUGACAUGAUUGACUCUUUUUCCAAAGAUGGGAUACAUUCUUCCCUUGAAGUACUCCUAUCUAUUGUCCAAUUGUAUAUAUUGAGUUACGGUGGCCUUUGGUGUAAGAGGCAUUAAGGAAUUCUUUGUGAAACAUCACUGUUUGAUAAAGUAUAUACCUAUUUAGCAUCCUUGUUUUUCUUUGUGCUAAAGUGGAUACAGCUGUUGGGGCAGAAGAGACGGGACCAGCUGCUGGCCACAUUUCCUGCUUUAUUUUAAAAGGUAGUAUAAGAAUGAGGAAAAAGAGGUAAUAUCAGGGCUUCUGCUGUCUUUAAAAUGUUCAUAAUUAAAAAGUAUUUUCCAGCAGUCCAAAGAUGUAAGUUAUCUUACACACAAAAUGUUCUAUUUUGUUGUUAUUUGGUUAUGAAAAUGGAAUCCUUGUUCUUGCACAACUGUAAAUGUUUUGUUGCUAGAUAAUGCUAUUUGAGACCUAAUUUGGUCUCUGGUAUCCAGUGCAUCACAGCAGAUUUUGUAAAAUCAUCUACUGCACUUGAGCAUGAAUGGGUAGUAGCCAAACUCACAACCUGGAGUGAUGAACCUGCUUAUACCUAAGUGCAGGAGCAAGCCCCUCACAAUGCAUGGAUUUUUAGUGCCUACUGAAAUAUAAAUAUUUAAAUAUAUAUAAAUAUAUACAAAUAUAUAUUUAUAUAUAUCAAAAGUAGUUGGAAAAGUUAUUUGAAAUGACUAAUUUGUGCUAUCUUUAUGGAAUAUGUUAAAUGUAGCUUUUUGAAACAGAAGCCUUGAAUUGAAAUUUAAUUAAUACUUGAACAUUUUGUAUAUAUUUCUUUGUAUAUAAUUUUGUGCAGUACCAAUGACAAAAAUAUGGUGUCAUAAUAAAAUCAGGUUUGUUGAUCUUUCAGUUAUGGGCUCAAACAAUUUUUUCAUCUCUAAUAUAACACUGAAAAAUAAUGGAUGAGAAUAGGAAAAAUGAUUGUUGUUAAUGUUGACUGUGGGUCUUAAAAGGUUAUGGAAGCAGUAAGUGCGUUUUCUAAAAAUUAUAUGAUUCCUUGGAAUAUUUUCUUCUUACGUCAAUGAUUUUCCUGCAUUAUUUGAAGUUUGGGCUGGGGACAAACAGUAGUCAAAAAGCUUUCUGAAUUGGGAUGCUUUGAAAUUCCAAGUGUAGAUUGUAGAAUGUCAUUUUAUAAAUGGCAGUUUUUUGGAAAUACUUGAUUAAGAACUUUUGAAAGUGGUUAGUUUCACCUGUUUUUAAAGCUGCUUUGUUAGGUUACUUAGGUUUUAAUUGUCUUUUCUUAGUUUCCAUUUCAUUUUCUUUUUCUAAUUUUGGUGACUCAGUGAUUUUGUCAUUUUUUACAUCAACUUCAUGGUCUUGUUUUUACAUGGUAUUGCAUGUAUUUAGGACCUAUCUAUCAGGGGCUUUAAAUAAAUUUGGUCAUAUUUAUGUGUAAGCACAUUUUACUGUAAAUGUUUUGAGUUUCUGAAUUUACAACAGAUCUGUUUAUUUCAGUAUGUAGUAAACAAUAUCUUAAAAGUGUCCUAUUCAUUACUUGUUAAUUAAAAAGGUUAUGAUUAAUAUAAAACUGUUGUCUUACUAUUUUUAGAAAAUUGUGUUCUGAUGAAUAAUAGUUGGAUAAGGGUGAUUUCUGGAAUAUAUGGAUUGUUUUGAAAUUUUCAGGUUUGGCUGCUUGCUGUAAUAGAUGAAAACAAUUUAGUAUUUGGGCAACAUUUUUUUCCUCCUAAUUUUGUCUCUAUGGCAAAAUGAUAAAAACUAGACUAAAGAUACAGCUUUUUAAUAUUCAUCUUCUGAUGGUGACAGGAAUUCAUACAUUAAUUGAACUAACACAUCAUAUUGACCUACUAUUUCUAUCAUAUUGACUUACUGUUUCUGCACUUCCUUGACCUGACUUAACUUAAAAUGUCCAUGUUUCUUAAAAUGUAGUCACACUUCUGAUAUAAGCCGACAAAAAGUGUUCAGAAUAUUUUAAAUAUUUGUACAUUUUAUAAUCACUAAAUUAAUCUCUCUCUCUUCUCUUUAAACAGCUUAGCAGUGUCUGCAAAAAACGAAUCUUUUCCUACAACCUGUUAACUGACUGGACUGAUGAUAACAAAGUAAUUGUGGGAGCCAUGUCGGUCAAAAAUUUGGCAUCUGCUGAAAAAAUGAAUGCCAUUUUCAAGUUCCCAAAUUACUUCUAUACUGGUUUCACUUUCCAGAUUUCACUUUCCAGAAAUGGAGAUAUGAAAAGAUUCUCUGGAAUCCUUGAAAGACUUAAUAGAAAUACAUGAGACUAAGUUAAUUUUGGAACAAAAUUAGACUUUUUUUUUGUCUUUCAUAGGAGUGAUACUCAGUUCUUCGUAUACCUUUUAAAAACUUGUAACCAUUGGAGAAGAGAAUUAUAGUAUUUCAUCAAGGAGUUAUUAUUAGGUUCUUUACAUUAUCAAGAGCACAUUCUAUGGAAUUAUAUUUAGUGGAGUGGAAUUGCAUAAACAGGCCAUCAGUGAUCACAGGCAUCAUGAGUUUGUAUUUAUUUCCUGGAACAUGAGAAAUAAUCUGAAGUACAGAUAGAUAUUGCCAAGUAGAAUGUGAAAGUUAAUGUACAGCCCUUAACUAUAAAGAGUAACCUUUUUAAAUAGAUGCAUUGUUUGUAUAUCUUUGAAAAAGUUGAUUUAUAAUUAACUAUGUGGGUAGUUAAUUGCAAUUCAGAGUAAUACCAGGAUGUGUGGAUUCAGAGGUUUUGGCUUAUUGAGCUUUCUCUGAGUAUUUGAUAUUUUCUUUUGAAUAUUUUGAGAUUUUUAAUGAAUGGUAUACUAGUUUCUACUGUUUUACAUAAAUUAAAAUUUCUCUAGUGUUAUGUAAGGGCUUUAGUAUUCUGGAUGAUGGGAGUGGCUUUUUUCAUGGAAUAUGGUUGUUUUACUUAAUUGAAACAUUUUUCCAGUUUAUUACAGUGUGAAAAAACACUAAAAACUCUGGAUUGUUUUAUUUCAUUUUUGUUGGAUUAUGUUAAUACAUUCUUUCACCUGGUCUAGAUUGAGCUGUGCUGUCUUACAUUUGGGCAGGUGAUAGAAGUGGGAGAGGGUAGGACAGAGGCUCUCAUUUCUUUUCUCUCCAUAGUCAUAACUGCAGUUUGGUUAUUGUAAUGGUAUUAUAUAAAACCUUAUUAAAUCCACUCAGCGUCUUGUAUUCUAAGUGUAUUCAGUGUCUGUGAUACCUGGCAGCAAAGAGCAUUUCCAGUGGCUUAUACUUAUGUGACUGGAUAGGUGCUUUUACAGUACAAACAGUACAGAUGGUUGUAAUUCCACAACUAAUGAUUAGACAUCAACACUAUUUGGCAACUAUACCACUUUGAUGGAACACAGAGUGGGUAAUUCACAGAUAAUGAGUAAUUAUCUCUUAAAAUACGUGAUUACCAAGUUCAUCAUUUUGAAGGUUUAAGGUCUUAUUAACUUGGUCGGGUUUUUAAGAUAUAAACAACCUGAAAACUAGGUAGGAAAAUAUUUUCAAGUUUUUAGAUUUUUUUUCCCAGACUCACUUUCAAGCAUUUGAGACCCUCCCAAAUGUUUUUAUUUUUAUAUCUUAUUGUGCUGAUUUCUUCUUCAGAAGCCAGGUAGUUACCACCUAACCCAGGAAUCAAAAUGAGAGAGGGCUUUCAUUAGAAACUUGUAGUGUUUUGUUUGGCCAGCACAGUAUAUUUUAUAUAUUUGAACUUGAAUACCACAAUAGUCUGUCUGGUUACUCCCUAUUGUCUUUUAAUACCAGACUGAGCUCUAGCCUAGACUGCAAAUAGUCAUUUACUUCCAGUUUUGAAAUGCAGAAAAACUAAACUGGAGAUAUUUUAAUUUUUAUUCAGAAAGUAAAUUAUAAUUAGGAACAUAAAUAAUGUGAUAUUAGAGAAAUAUUUAUAUUUUUUAGAUAUAGGUUAAUAGAAAGUUGCUCACUAACUUACCUUUUUCAUUGCUUUGGUUACUGACAGUAGUUUUUUAAUUCCUAGUUUUUUCCUUUCCCCAAUUUGUACAUUCAGUAUUUGUUACUCAGGUAUUUACCACACUUUUUGAAAAGAAGCCAGUUCACAACAGACUUUAGUAAUAUUUUAAAAUCUUGUUGAUCCAAAGUAACUUGUUUUGAUGAGAAUAUUUUGCUCAGUUUUGGAUUAAUUAAAAAAUCUAGUUGCUAAUGGUGUUUAAACAUUUGUGUAGUUGUGCUAAUGUGCAGAGAUUUGAAUUUUAUUAGUGGGCCACCUUUAUUUAGAAUGUUACUGCAAAUUGUGUAUGUACCUUUCCUGUUUACCCAUUGAGGUCAAUUUCCUAGACUCCCUCCCUCCCCACCUCUGGCUGUUAGUCGUGGGGUUUGCAAAUUAUAUUAAUUUUAAAAUAGUAUAUGAAUCUUUUCUACUUAAAGAACUAUAAGUAAAUUGUAAAAGAUUUAAAUGGUUUGUUUACUGUCACUAAACUGAAACACUAAAAACUAUUUUUCUGAGGCACUGUUCUUUAGGUAUUUGCUACAAAUGAUUGUUUCCUUAAAUUAUAAUGCAGAUCUAUAAUUCAUUAUUUAUCUGCCCCAUGACCAAAAAUUUCAGUAAGAUAGCUGUAUAGCAACAGAUUUAAAAUAACAUGCUCUUUUGCUUGUUGCCCAUUUAAAUUGAAAAGAUGAUUUAAGAAAUAUACCAUGUAAAGCACAUACUAGAGAGAAAUCCUGAAACCAUUGUAAAUUCUUGUAUUCAUUUAUAAAUGGUAUGCUAGGGAGUAAACACUGGGAGUGUUUAAGGAUAUCUGAGGAAACAAUUUGGACUAAUUAACAUCAGUGGGUUUUAAAUUUAGUGAUUUGGGUUUCUUAUUUUCGAAGUCAGGAAUUACUUUUAAUUCAUUGUUCCCCAACCCUCUCAUGGUGACAAGUAGAACUCUGAUUUAAAUAAAAGUGACAGUGCAGAUACAAUGUAUAAUUUGGGGCCAGAGUUUUAGCUUGGUAUUUUAGCUUGUAAAAUAGGAAACUUUACUUUUAAAAUUUUUUCCAAAGAUUUUGUUUUUAGAGAGAAGGUAGGUGGGGAGAAAGGGAGAGAAACAUCACUGUGGUUGCCUCUGGCAUGCUCUGUACUAGAGACGUAGCCUGCAACCCACUUGGGGAAUUGCACUGUUGAACCUUGUUCACAGGCCAGUGCUCAAUCCACUGAGCUACACCAGCCAGGGGUAAUCCAGAGAAUAUCCAUUGUAAAAGAAUAGUUUGCCUUCUAGUUGGCAUCAUCUCUUGUGUAAGUUUGGUAGGGAAUAAUACAUUUUAAGUACCUGCUAAAAGAACAAGUCUUUGCUUUCUGAAAAAUUAAAAAUACAUAUUUUUAAAUUUUACUUAAAUUCUAAUCUUGGGCUGCACUGGAGAAAUCCAUUCACCAAGGUGCCUUUCCUAGGUGACAGGCUGUGUUCUCCUUUCAUGAUUUAAGUAGCAUAAGAUUCCUUAACAGUUAUGUCAUUAUAUUUGGAAGGAAUAGUUAAGAUGCUUGUGAGUAUGAUCUGUGAUAUCAUGUAGUAAUCUGGUACAACUGACUUGUUUUGUAAGGACAGUGUGUCUAGAUAGGUGCUGUCCAAUACUGUAGCCUUUAGCCACAUGUGGCUAAAAAUUUAAUUAAAAUGUACAAUU